CUUGUCGACCUUACCAACACCAUCAAGGGGUUAGUUGAAGGGCUGCCUACUAGGGAGUCCAUAGAUACAAGACUUGCUCAAGUCGGAGGUCUUGCUGAGCAGCUUCGAACAGCCCGGGCCAGUGUGAAUGAGCUAGUCCAGAAAAACCAGGAACUGAGGAACCAAAAUGGGACCUUGACUACUGAAAGAAACUCCGCCCAGAAUCUCUCAGAUCGGGCUAAGGAUGCACUUGAGGAGUUUGACAAUGAUGUCAAGAAAAGGGACUCCAAGAUCGAUGGCCUCCAGAAAGCCAAUGACGAUUUGAGGGACCGCCUGAUGGAGGCAAAUCAAGAGGUCUCUCGAAGUAGAGAAGCCAGGCGACAGCUCGAAGAUGCACAGCCUGUACUUCAAACAGCUGAGGCUCGUAGCCGAGAACUCGCCGUGAUCAAACUCAGUCUACAGCAGGCACAGCAGACUGUCAACGAGACGGAACGACAGGUAGACAGUCUCAAAAGCCAAUUGGAACGUGAGAAGACGGCCCAUGACCGUUGCUCCGCCGAACUGACAAAGGCUUCGACGGACCGUAGAGAUAUCAAUCACCAGAAAGAAAAGCUGGAGGAUGACAUCUCGAAGGUUCAAAAGGAGCUGAAAGAGCUUCGAUCACAGCAGACAGUUGAUCUUCAAAAACAAUUGAAGGAUCAAUGGGCGGCUGUAAGCGAAGCGAUGAAGGAACACUUAUCUGAAAAGAAAUCCCAUGAAGAAACUGUUGGUCGGUUGAGCCGCUCGUGGUCUUCUGAGAAGCAAGCCCUUCAAGGUGAGAUCUCGGCCAAGGUUUCUCUUAUUGAGAAUCUCGAACAGAAAGUCAAGACACUUCAGUCCAAAGUCUCUACACUCGAACCCCUCCAAAUUGAGCUUCGUAUGGCAAAUGAAAACUUGCAUCAAAUGAGCCUCACUUUGGAGGCGACCAAGUCAAACUUGCGGAACUCUCAAGGUAGAGUUGCUGAGCUUGAGGAGACGGCCAAUGUUUCAGAAAAUGAACUUGAGGCUGUGAAAGCUGAGAAGGGGCGGCUUCAAAAGUCCAGUGAGUCUGCAUCGAAGCAGCUCGAGACCUACAUGGGCACCAUCUCAAUGCUAGAGCAGGAGCGCGACACCCUCAAUGAAGCGCUCUCGAGCUUGCAAGCUCAAUCUGUCAGAAUACCUGAGGGAGCAGCUGGAGAAGUCUCCAGGGUUUUCUAUCGGGCUGCGGAUGAGCUUCGCGAUAUCCCAAUUAUCACCGACACCAACAGUGAGCUCGGCAUGUCGCAACUGGCAUCAGAGCUCAUCUCGUUGAUUGAUUCAUACAAUUGGAAGGAAAGUCUAUUGGAAUUUCUGCAGACAGAUUCCCAAGACUGGUUUUGCUAUGAGAAAAUUGUGAGGGGGGAUAGCGAUGGCAGGGCGAAUGGUGACAAAUGUAGCCACCAUGAGGACUGUCUACUGGUUACGGUGGAUUACUUGCUGGGGCGCCCUGGCCUAAAAUUCAUGAUUACCAAGUAG